CUCCCUCUCUCCCCUGUUGUUGAAACUCUCUCUCUCUAGAUUUCUUCAAACUCUCUCUCUCGGAAUAGUUUUGCAUAGUUUUUUCGAUUUUUUUUUCCAGAGUCUGAUUCUUGUAGUGAUGGAGAUGGAGCGCAUGACGGAAUUUCCCCACACCCACAUGGAUCGGAGGCCGAGGAAACGGCAGCGUUUGGGUUGGGAUGUUAUGCCUCAAGCUCCAGUUCCGAUUCAUCCUCAGGUGGCUCCUAAGGCUCAGCUAGGGUUGUUUUGUGGACAAGAAGUUGGAAAUGUGACAAGCUAUGCAUCUUCAAGGGCAACCCCAGACCAUACUAGUUCCCUGUUUGUUAAGGGUGUGGCUGGAACUGGUUCUCCCCCAUGGCGAGGAGAUGACAAAGAUGGGCAUUAUUUGUUUGAGCUUGGAGAAAAUUUAACUUCGCGCUAUAAAAUUCACAGCAAGAUGGGCGAAGGCACAUUUGGCCAGGUUCUAGAAUGCUGGGAUAGAGAAAGGAUGGAAAUGGUUGCCGUUAAAAUUGUGCGUGGCAUUAAGAAGUAUCGGGAAGCUGCCAUGAUUGAAGUUGAAGUCCUCCAACAACUUGGUAAACAUGAUAAAGGGGGGAAUCGUUGUGUGCAAAUACGGAACUGGUUUGACUAUCGUAACCAUAUCUGUAUUGUCUUUGAGAAGCUUGGACCAAGCUUAUACGAUUUUCUUCGGAAAAACAAUUACCGGUCAUUUCCCAUUGAUCUUGUCCGAGAGAUUGGCAGACAACUAUUGGAAUGUGUAGCAUUUAUGCAUGAUCUGCACCUUAUCCACACUGAUUUAAAGCCCGAGAAUAUUCUUCUUACCUCCCCAGAGUACAUUAAAGUUCCUGAUUACAGGGCUUCUGCAAGGUCACCAAAAGACAAUUCAUAUUAUAAGAGAAUUCCAAAAUCAAGUGCCAUCAAGGUGAUUGAUUUUGGCAGCACAACUUAUGAUCGUCAAGAUCAGUCGUACAUUGUGUCAACUCGUCAUUACCGUGCCCCAGAAGUCAUUCUAGGGCUUGGAUGGAGUUAUCCUUGUGAUGUAUGGAGUGUUGGGUGCAUAUUGGUUGAGUUAUGUUCGGGAGAAGCUCUUUUCCAAACACAUGAGAAUUUGGAACACCUUGCAAUGAUGGAGAGGGUACUUGGUCCCCUGCCCCAACAUAUGCUGAAGAAAUCAGACCGUCAUGCUGAAAAAUAUGUUAGAAGGGGUCGACUUGACUGGCCUGAGGGAGCAACCUCCCGUGAUAGUAUUAAAGCUGUUAAUAAGUUGCCUCGGCUUCAGAAUUUAAUUAUGCAACAUGUGGACCAUUCGGCUGGGGAUUUGAUACAUCUUCUACAAGGUCUUCUCAAGUAUGAGCCGAUGGAGAGGCUAACAGCACGUGAGGCCUUGAGGAAUCCGUUUUUCACCAGGGAUUAUCUCAGGAGAUCCUGACGAUUUCAAUGGAGUAAGAUUGUGCCAGGGAAGGAAAUGCAAUGCAUGCUGCUGUUUGUAAACCAUGGAAAGUUUAUUCGUGCUGGUUCUCUAUUAGUUACUUCUAGUUUGAAUGAAAGAUAACAGCUGUUAUCUAUUCUACACUCCAAUAUCAGCAAUGGAAGCAGCAGCAGUUUGUGCAUAUCGUUGGUAAAGAUGCUGCAAAGGCAGUUGCUGUGACAUCCAAUUUUGGCUUCUGAAAUCUGAAAUUGUUCUCAUUUAGAUUUUUAGUUAUGGGAAUACUAACACUGACUGAUGAAGUUGUGAUAUGAAGCGAGGGUUUGGAUUGUCAGCUUUGUACAAAGUGCUUACUUUUGACUUUCAGAUUAAUGGUACAUAGUGUGACCCUCGUGAUUAUUUCUAGGUUUAAUGGAAAUGUCUCCUUUAUUUUGUCUUGGCUUUUGUUUUUCGCUCCUUCUAUGGAUAAUAAAACUGCCGUAUUGCCUCGCGUUUUA